UCGCCUGCCCCCGAGUUCCAGCAGUCCGCGAGCUGCCGUCGGCUCCGCGCGGGGGGGCGGGCUGGGCACCCCGGGGCGCGGAGAAGCGCUCUUUGCUUCUCUCCUUUUCCCCCACGCAGCACUCCUGGGCAUCCUCAAACCAGUCCACGCUUCUUCCUCUCCCUCCUUUCUCGCUCCUUGCCAACUUUUGGUCCCUCCCCCGCCCCUCUCCCGUUAUUCGUCGUGGCUCCAGCCCGGCUGCGCUGCUCCGUAGGUUCCGCCGGACCUCCCAGCCUGCAACUCGGACCAUUACAGGAUUCAGAAACAUGUCGACCACACUUCUGCCCGCCUUCUACGAUAUCGACUUCUUGUGCAAGACGGAGAAAUCCCUGGCCAACCUCAAUCUGAACAACAUGCUGGACAAGAAGGCGGUGGGAACGCCCGUGGCCGCCGCCCCCAGCUCGGGCUUUGCGCCGGGCUUCCUCCGACGGCACUCGGCCAGCAACCUGCACGCGCUCGCCCACCCCGCGCCUAACCCCGGCAGCUGCUCGCCCAAGUUCCCGGGCGCGCCUAACGGCAGCAGCUGCGGCGGCGGGGUGGCGGGAAGCCCGGCCUCCUACGGCACCCUCAAGGAGCCGUCGGGGGGCGGCGGCACAGCCCUGCUCAACAAGGAGAACAAAUUCCGGGACCGCUCGUUCAGCGAGAACGGCGAACGCAGCCAGCACCUUCUGCACCUGCAGCAGCAGCAGAAGGGGGGCGGCGGCUCCCAGAUCAAUUCUACUCGCUACAAAACUGAGCUGUGCCGGCCCUUCGAGGAGAGUGGCACGUGCAAGUACGGCGAGAAGUGCCAGUUCGCACACGGCUUCCACGAGCUGCGCAGCCUGACCCGCCACCCCAAGUACAAGACGGAGCUGUGCCGCACCUUCCACACCAUUGGCUUCUGCCCCUAUGGGCCGCGCUGCCAUUUCAUCCACAACGCGGAUGAGCGGAGGCCCGCGCCGUCGGGGGGCACCUCUGGGGACUUGCGCACCUUCAGUGCGCGCGACGCACUGCACCUGGGCUUCCCUCGGGAGCCGAGGCCCAAGCUGCACCACAGCCUCAGCUUCUCCGGCUUCCCCUCGGGCCACCACCAGCCCCCCGGGGGCCUCGAGUCGCCGCUGCUGCUCGACAGCCCCACGUCCCGUACACCACCGCCACCCUCCUGCUCCUCGGCCUCCUCCUGCUCCUCGUCCUCUUCAUCCUGCUCCUCCACCUCUGCGGCCUCCACGCCCUCGGGCGCCCCGACGUGUUGUUCCUCCGCGGCGGCAGCGGCAGCGGCGGCGGCCGCCCUCCUGUACGGUACGGGCGGCGCCGAAGACCUGCUGGCACCCGGCGCUCCAUGCGCCGCUUGCUCGUCGGCCUCUUGCGCCAACAACGCCUUCACCUUCGGUCCCGAGCUGACCAGCCUCAUCACGCCACUCGCCAUCCAGACCCACAACUUCGCCGCCGUGGCCGCCGCCGCCUACUAUCGCAGCCAGCAGCAGCAGCAGCAGCAGCAGGGCCUGGUGCCCCCCGCGCAGCCCCCGGCGCCACCCAGCGCGCCCCUCCCCGCCAGCGCCGCCGCGCCGCCCUCGCCGCCCUUCAGCUACCAGCUGCCGCGCCGCCUGUCCGAGUCGCCCGUGUUCGACGCGCCCCCCAGCCCCCCUGACUCGCUGUCGGACCGCGACAGCUACUUGAGCGGCUCCCUGAGCUCCGGUAGCCUCAGCGGCUCCGAGUCCCCCAGCCUGGACCCCGGCCGCCGCCUGCCCAUCUUCAGCCGCCUCUCCAUCUCCGACGACUGAGGCAAGAGGGCGCCAGUGAGGAGGAAGGGAUGGCCACGGCCGGUUCUGGGGUUGUAGGAGGGUGCCCCCCUCCCCCGCCAUCUCGCCUGAGCUAGGGGCAGGGGGACACGAGAGUGGGGGGUGGCAAAGGCCACAUGCAGACUGCAGGCUGGACCGAGCACUUGGACUCGAACUUGUGUGCCAGGAGGGGCCCCCACCCCUCCCCUUUCGGUUUCCUCUUGUUUGUUUUCUAUUAUUAUUAUUAUUACCAAGUUUCAUUCUUGUUGAGAAAAGAAAAAAAAAGUCAACGAACUUUUUGUAUUGAUGAACAAAAUAUUCACAACUUGGGCAGUUGUGAUGCGAAUUGAACAAAAAAACCAAACACUUAAACUUUUUUUUUUAGGUCUCAGAGGAGUUUGGGACUUUAGGGAAAGAAAUCAAGCCAGCACCAGCAGCUACCAACCACCAUUCCAUAUCCUCACUUGAAAAGCAUUAGUUACAGUUACAGUCCAGAUGUGGGAACUCUUGAAAGAAGUUCCUUAUUGUGUUUGUCUCAGACCAGUGUAAACAAACCAGCCAAGCCACCACCUUGUUAAACCUGUAAGCUUUUAAAAUUUAAUAUUUUUGCCAAGAACAUGCCUUGAUAUAGUAGGUUUCAUAGGUUCAUUUGUUUGUAUUUUAACCAAGUGAUGUGUGCCUGGAGAAAAGACCUUUGCAUUCCAAAGUUUCAUACUGGGUUACUGGUUACAUUGCCACCACUUACUUAGUGGAUGUUUAAUUUAGAACCAUUUUGUCUGCUCCCUCUGGAAGCCCUGGGCAGAGCUUAGUUUGUAGUUGUUGGGGAAUAACUGCUGAAUUUUUAGCUGUUUUGAGUUGAUUCGCACCACUGCACCACAACUCAAUAUGAAAGAACUAUUUAACUUAUUUAUUAUCUUGUGAAAAGUAUACAUUGAAAAUUUUGUUCAUACUGUAUUUAUCAGGUAUGAUGGAAAGCAAUAGAUAUAUAUUCUUUUAUUAUGUUAAAUUAUGAUUGCCAUUAUUAAUCGGCAAAAUGUGGAGUGUAUGUUCUUUUCACAGUAAUAUAUGACUUUUGUAACUUCACAUGGUUAUUUUAUUGUAAAUGAGUAAAAAAAAAUCUUAAUUUAAGAGAUUGUAUGUAAUAUUUAUUUCAUUAAUUUCUUUACUUGUUUACGUAAAUUUUGAAAGAUUGAAUGAUUUCCUUACAGAAAUCUACAUGCUGUGGAAGUAGUUUAAGAGUUUUCUUAGAAUGUAUAAUGGUUGUAGCCCAUCCAGCUAUAAAGAAAAAGUGACCACAUACUUUGCAGACAGGUUUAAAUGUGGCAUGCUUUUCUCAUUCCAUCUUUAUAAACCAGUAAAAGAUGUUUUUGUUUGCUUAUUCCACCAGCUCUACUGUGACAUAUUCUGCGUAUACAGACAUGUAGCAAUAAUGGGGGGUAGUCUCACAGUGCCUUUGGAAGGGCCAGAACUAGCCUUAAAUCUUCCUCAACCAAAUAAGUAUUUUGUCUAUUAGUGCUUGAGAGAAUUUGAAUGUAGGAUGGGUUCAACUGCACAAAAGGAAAAGAUUUUUACCACUUUUUUUUUUUAUAUAGAUAAAGUGAAGAGGCCACCUCUUAGUGCUAAAGUAAUAGUGUGUUAUUACAUGAAUAUGCCUUGUUUGAUUACAGAAAAUUCCAAAACUUGUACUAUUUUUCUUCCCAUGUAGAAAGGCAGGAAUGCUUUCCUGACAGCCAGUGAGGUGAAUGAGCAGUAGCUUUAGUUUGUAUGUACGUAGGUACAGUUGUGGAGCACUAUGUAUGUAUGUACUCUGGACUACUUGGACAGAAGUAGGUAUUUGAAUGUAACAAGACAAGUCAACUUGAGUUGUAAUAUAUUUUGGGGAAUCAGUUCACUACAGAUUGUGACUGUAAACAUUGUACUGUAAAUGUUUUGUAGUUUUCCCCCAAUAAAAUUUUUGGGAAAAAAAGGUA